AUGAGAAGUGCCGUUGUUGUGGAGCAGUAUCAAUUUGAAAGAGAACAAAUUCAAAAAAGACUUGCUAUAUUUUUGAAGAAUAAAAUGACGUCAUUAAUAGAUGACAUGGAGACAGCUGAUCUUUUUUUAGUUGCUGCUGAUGGUAAAAAAUUAGCUGUUCAUAAAUGUAUAUUACGGGCCCGAGCACCUGGAUUUUUUCAAAGGCACAUUGAACCAACUAUUAAAGCUAUAUCAAAAGAUCAAGAAUAUAAAAAUAGUAAUAAUAUAAUGGAAGUAGCUAUUGGUGAUAUAGAUUCAUAUGGGUUAGAAUUUUUUGUUAAAUCUGUUUAUACAGAAGAAGAAAUAUCUAGAUUUCCACCUAAUAAAGAAGAUGUAUUAUUAUUAAAAAAAAAUAAUAAUGAAAAUAAUCAGGAUGGAGAUAGUGAUACUAAGAAUGUAAUAUCUGAAAAUUUAAAAAUACCAAAUGAUUCUUUAGAAAAUUCACCUUUGGAAAAUAAUAAUAAAAUUAAUGAAGAAACAAUUGAAGAUUAUGAAAAAAUAAUAAAUGAUGACUCUACAACACCAUUAACACCUUCAACACCCUCUGUAACAUCUAAAAAAUCUAAAACAGAUACAAAUGACAUUCAAUAUACACCUAUAAUGACAAGUUUUAAACAACUUGGAACAUCUCAACAAAAUCUUGAUAUGAUGUCAUCAUCUAUGGCUACUUCAGGAUACUCUGAAUAUAGUAUGAUGGAACAACCAACCAAUUUAAUGACUGGAAGUUAUGAUGAAGGACAAGGUAAAUUUAUACGCAUAACUGAUGGAGAAUCUUCUGAUAAUGGAAUGUUAAAUGGUGUUAUGUGUACCUCUGGUAUAGAAAAUAAUUCUUCAAUAAGUCCUAACAGAGGAAAAGGUAUUUUUAAUAUGUUUAUUGGAUUAGGUGGUGAAGCAAAAAGUGAAUAUACUUCAACAUCUAAUUUAUCAUCAGUUCAUAGUGUUAGAAAUAGAACUAUGAUGUCGAGAAGGCUUUCAGUGACAUCUCUUAAUUCAUUGAAUUCUCUUGAUUUAACACCAGUUGGAGAAAAUUCUAUAACACCACAUUUUGAUCAAAAAACAACAUGUAAAUUAGCUCAGGAUUUAUUGCAAAUGUACCUGAAUCAGGAAGAUACUGAUGUUAUCGUAAAAACAGCUAAUGGUGAUUUGUAUGCUCAUAAAUGUAUUCUUAGUAUAACAUGUACUUUCUUUAAAAGAGCCUUAAAAAAGUCUAAAAUUAUUGAAUUGAAAGUUUUUAGCAAAUCUUCAGUUGACUUUCUUUUAUCAUUUUUAUAUGGUGGUUUAACAACAAUUCCAGAAGAUGUUGAUAUAUUUGAACUAAUUUCCCUAGCAACACAUCUUGAUGUUCCAGAACUUGGUAAUGUAGUUGCAUUACAUUUCAAAGCCUACCGAUGUCAUUAUUUUCAUCGUCCAUGUUCUACCUGUGUCUCAGCAAUCUUUGAUGCUUUACCACAAUUUGCCGAAAUAAAAUGUCUUAAUUCAUUGUAUGAAGAAGCAAUGGAUUGGCAGGCAAGACAUUUUGGUAGAAUAUGGAAAGGUAGAGUUUUUUUGUAUCUUAAUGAUAGAUAUCAAAGAGAAUGUCUUGAAUAUUUGAUACAAAAAAUAGAUCAAGAAUGUGUGAUUGAUGUAUUAUUAAGUUGUGAAAAACUUCAAGUAUCACUGCCAAGAUCUAAACUACCACAAGCUGCUGAAUCUGUUAAAUUGUUAGUAAAUGAAGUAAUUGAAUAUUGUAUUGAAUUUAUUGGUACAAGUUUUGAUUUACUAUUAGAAUCACGAAGUUUCAUUAAUCAUGGAAAAGGACUAGCAUUAAAUUUAAGUCUUCUUGAAGAUUUAUUUCCAAGUUUAAUACAUAGUUUAAGUAGUGACACUGCAGUAAGAAGUUUUAAAGUCUUAGGAAAACUUUUAAAUGAAAUUGAAAAUCAACCUAAAACUGAAGAUAGAGGAUUAAUUAAAAGUUUACCAUUAAAUGAAUUUAAUCCACGAUUUAUUAAUUUAUGUAGAAGAUUGUAUGAAUUAAUUGAUAAACAUUUGCUUCAUUAUGCAGCUUCUGUUAUCAAGAGUGAUGCAUAUAAUUUAUUAAGUAUAGAAGAGCAAAAUAGAAUUCAAGAAUCAGGAAUAUUUAUUGAAAUGAAAGAACCCAAAGCUGCACCACCAAGAUUAUCAAGUUUUGACAAAACAUAUAGACGUAGCAGUUCAGUUGGUACUACAUUAGAAAGUCCCAUAGAUUCAAUUAAUAAAAGAAAAACUUCAGUAAAAGAAAAAAAACCAUUAAGUGAACAUGUAAUUGAAGAAAGUAUGGAUGAAAGAGAAAGAGAAAAAAGUAUGUUAUUGAUGAUGACAAAAGCUAAAAAAGAAAAAGAAAUGGCUAAAAAAGAAGAGGAUAUUGAAGAGGAAAAGAAAAAAAUUACCCCUACUUCUACACCAGAAAAAAGGAACAGUAAUUCAAAAUCUUUAAAUAAUUCACCAAAUAUUAGAAAAUCAAGAUCUACCUCAAGAAAUAAAAUUAAUAAAGGAAUAAAUGAUUCAAAAUCAUUUAAUUUAGAUAGAGAAGCAACACAAGUUAUAAUGACAGUAAAUCAAAAUAAAGCUGUUGGAAUAAAAAAUUCUGGAGAUGCAGGAAUACCAGCAGCAUCAAUAAAAGAAACAACUUCUAAACCUCAAAGUGCUGUUAAACCAAUAAUAAAAGAUGUUCCAUUAGCAAAAACUAUUCAAGAUCCACAAAUAAGAAAUUUUAAAAAUUAUUCUAAAUAUUCAACAACCGUCUUGUCAAGACGUGAUAAAGGUGAUGACAAUAAUACAGUAAAUAUAAAAAAUACUUCAAAAACCGAAUCAGUUGACACAUCGACAUCAAAAAUUUUAUCACAACCAACAAAACGAUCUCUAACAACAAAAAUUACCUCAAGUACAGGAUUAAAAAAGAAGAUAGUAGAUGACAAAGGGUUAACAAAAGUGCCAACAAUAACUGGAAGCAGUAGAGUUAUUCCUACCAAAGAAGCAAGAAGGGUUCUAACAAAAAAAACUAAUUUAUCUAUUAAAAAUUAA